AAACAUGACAGAGCCCUUGGUGGCGGAAGUACGUGUAUGUUGCAGUGAUGUUGCGCUUGAAUAUCACCCACUGAUGCAGGAUCAUUAUUUUCCCCAACUGUUAAAGGGGAAACGAAUAAGUGUAAAUUAACCGAGAUGCUCUUCGUUUAUUACGCAGCAUCUUAAGAACUGAAAGGUGUAAUUGUGUGUACCAAAAGUUAAGCAAGACAAAACCAUGGAAAUGUCAGGCACACUUCAACUGACAGAUUUACCUGAGGAUUUGCUGUUACGCAUAAUGAGCCUGUUUAAUCCCUACGAUCUUACUGAACUUGGUGCCACCUGCAAAUUGCUCUACACUGUCAGCCAGUCCAACUCAAUCUGGAUAAAGCAUUGUCGGAGAGUCAUUCAUUUAAAGGAUAUAGAACUUGGAGAAUUCAGUAAUUACAAGAAGUUAUACACCAAUUUGCUUCAUAAGUAUGGCUGUUUGAUUGGGUUAUAUCAGACCAGAUUUGGUCCCUUUGGAGGCCUCACGGAAGUCGUAUACUCAAAUGGUGCGAUUGAGGGACACACUUGGGAUUUAGUACCAUCAGAAGAUAUGGAAGCUCCACUUAAGUGCAAUAUUCUGUUCUCCUUAAAAAGGAGUGAAUACCAUACACAAAAUGUUUGCCUUCCACACAUGAGUCCUCAUCAUGGGGCUGUUUCUAUUGGAACGAAAAAAGAUACCUUUACCCUUCUGUGCUUCAACCCAAAGGAACAUGCCCAAGCUGUCUGGAAGGACUUUGGAUAUGAUCAAGAGAUAUUUGAUCAUUUUCAAAGACAUGGGCAUGGAUUAAAGAAAUACAGACAUCCAUUAUUUCGUCAGUGGGGACUGAAUUAUCAUCAGCAAAAACUCAUUUGCCUCAGUCAUUAUUUUGACUUCUCCAUGAUCCACGAGCGCCUAAUUUUUCAGCACCCUCGAGACAUCCCAGAGCUUAUGCCAGAUGGAACCUGCCCAAAACAGCUUGUUAUGCCAGGAUUGUUCAAAAGCAGUGACAAGGUUCACGGAGAACAACUUUUGGUUUUUAGGUAUAUGAAGGGGGUUGAACUCGCUGCAUUCCAGGUCACAGGAGAUGGAUAUGAGCAAGCUGGGCAAUCACUGUUUGAAGCUUACUUGGAAUUUCCCAUAUCAUAUGUACCAGAAAGACAUGAAUUUGAGGACCUGAUUGACUCAGAUGUGGAGGAGGUCCAGGUUCCAAUUUCAGACAUCACUUCACAGACUUUCACUCUACCACAAGACUGCCAAGAAGAUGCUCCAUCAGACAUGUGUCAUGCAAGAUACCUUGGAUAUGGCAAUCUCAGAUAUCCAGAGAGGGUGUCUAUAAAUCUUAUCCAUGUUAUGGUGUUUGAUGAAGACACUGUAGGUGUGCUGUGGAUAGAAGAGGAAUCUUUUACUAUUUGCAAGCGUGUGCAUCAGACCUUCAACCAACACCAUCUCUAGGGUAUCCAGAGUGUUUUGUAACCUCUUGCAGGGAUGUUUCCAUUUGUAUAGGUAAAGGAGAGGUUUAAAAUGCCCGAAGCCCUUCAGUUGAAAAUAAUGAAAAGAAAACUAUGAUGUGAAAAAAUUGUAAAAUAAUCCUAGAAAAUACAAAAAGAUGGGGCUAUCUAGUGAUAAUUGGAAAAGACUUAACAAAGCUAGAAAGUUGUUUGCUUUUCUUACCAUCAUCAACAUUAGUUCAUUCUUGCAUCAUUAGGCCAUCAAGAGCAUCAUUUUUUAAUCUUUUAAUAAAGAGUAUCUAUAUUUUA